CUCUCUCUCUCUCUCUCUCUCUCUCUCAUCCUGCGUGUGUUACCGACGCCUGUCCCAGUCCCGUGAGCUCAUCACCGGGAGCCGAGCGGAAGAAAGCUCCCACGAUCAGGAAAUACCGCUCAGACCCACCGCAGCUGCCGCUGUGCGCAGCCACUUCCUCCGUUAAACCGAUUUUCACCGAGAGCAAAACAUUUCUUGUUUGUGGAGGAGAGAUGCGGGUGGUAAACAGUCCGGCCGAACCGCGAAUCCAGUAACGGAGCACUGCAAGCCGCGGAGGGAACCGGAGAAUCCUCAUCAUCUUCAUCAUCCUCAUCAUCCUCAUCACGGCCCGCUGUUCCGGUGCAGCUGCUGACGUGAGUCUCCGGUACCGUGCGUGCGCAGCUGCUGGAGCAGGGUCUGGAGGCACGUUUGCACCCAGAAUAUGCUGGAGUGGGUGAGUGAAGUGUUCUGGCAGGAGCAUCUGUGGUUCCCGGAGGGUUUGGGAUGGGCUGAUCUGGAGGACCGUGAUGGACGAGUCUAUGCGAAGGCACGGGAUUUGUGGGUGGCACUGCCAAUCGCCGUCCUGUUUCUAGUAAUUCGACAGGUCUUUGAGAGAUAUGUUGCUACACCGCUAGCCUCUCUGCUGGGCUUGAAGGAAACAGUCAGACGGCGAGUUACACACAACCUCACACUGGAGUCCCACUAUUGCAACACAACUAAAAACCCCACACAGAGUUCAGUAGAGAAACUGUGCAAGCAGACGGGAUGGACCGAGCGACAGGUCCAGCGCUGGUUCAGGCGGCGCAGGAAUCAAGACAGACCCAACCUUCUCAAGAAGUUUCGUGAGAAGCCCUGGUUGUAUGAUCUCGAGGAGAUGUGGAAAGGCUUCCCCACUCUGACUCUCCUGUCGUCUCAGUACUGGUACUACAUGCUGGAGCUGGGUUUCUACACCUCUCUUCUCUUCAGCCUGGCGUCGGAUGUCAAGCGUAAAGACUUCAAAGAGCAGGUCAUUCAUCACGUGGCCACCAUCAUGUUGAUCAGCUUCUCCUGGUGUGUUAAUUACAUCAGAGCGGGAACGCUCAUCAUGUUCAUGCAUGAUUCAGCCGACUAUCUGCUCGAGUCAGCUAAGAUGUUUAACUACGCCCGAUGGAAGAACGCAUGCAACUACAUCUUCAUCCUGUUUGCUGCGAUCUUCAUCGUCACUCGCCUCAUCAUCUUCCCUUUCCGGAUCAUGUAUUGCACAUGGGUGUUUCCCGUGACCCUGUACCCUCCGUUCUUCGGAUAUUACUUCUUUAACGGGCUGCUGAUGGUUCUGCUGUGUCUGCACAUCUUCUGGGCCGUGCUGAUCAUACGCUUGGCCUUCCGCUUCUUGAGCAGUAACUCGUCGGUAGAAGACGAGAGGUCCGAUCGAGAGGAGACGGACGAGUCCGAGGAGGAAGAACAGAUGAGAAACGGAGAGAUAAAGAAAAGCGGACCAGCUCAGAACGGCCACGCUACAUAUAACAACAACCACUCUAAAACAGAGUGACGUCCCGAGAGAAACCCAAAGAGAUUCUUCCUCUCCUGAAGCAGAGCAGAGACGAACACGCACACAUACAGUUACAGUCAUCACACGAACACCUCUCUCUGGAGGGACGAACAGAGAGCAGUGCUGCCUCGAUUGACAUAAGCUUACAGGAGCAGAUCACCUAGAAAUCUACAUCCUUUACUGAUGCCUCUCCAAACCUCGGUGACUUUCUUGCAAAGACUUUCAACCUGCUCUUCCCCAUACAAUGAAAAUCAAUGGUGACCACGACGGUCAAGCCAGAUUUGCCGUCUGUUCCUCACACAGAUCAGUGCUCGUCUCAUAUUGCUGCAUUUUUUUAUGCUGCGUCUUUGUGCUUUCUAGAGCUUGAAAUCCUUUCGUUUCAUUGUAUGGUAGACAGCUAUGGAAGCCAAUGGAAUACAUGAAUAAAAGGUCAUUGUGACAUUGUAUCUCACAAUUCAGACCUUGUUUCUCGCAAUUCUGAGAAAAACAGAAUUCCGAGAUUUAAAACUCAGAAUUCCACGCAAUUCCAGAGUUUAUGUCCCAUAAUUCUGAGUUUACAUCUCGCAAUAAUUAUGAGACGUAAACUCAGAAUUGCAAGAAAAAUGUCCGAAUUAUGAGAUAAAAAGUCGCAGUUACAUUUUUACAUUCCCUGGCGGAAUCAGGCUUCCAUAGAGAGCAGCUCUGACAUUAUGCGUAAAUGAUGACUGAUUAUUUUAGGUGACCUGUGCCUUUUAAAAGUGCCUUCCUUUGCCAUUGUUUGCUCUUUUUCAUGCCUUGUUUUUAGUUUUUAAUUUAAGAAACUGCAGAAACUUUUUCCAGAGUAUAACCAUUCAUCAAUAAUACCGAACACAUGUGAGUACCAAGUACAUCAGUUUGGUCUUAAAGUGCGGUCACAAUUCACUGGCAAAAAAGGUAAUAGUCUAUUGUCAGUAGUGUAGCGAUGUAUGAAGAACAUCUCGCACAGAAGUCACUUCCAAACCGAUUACGCGAGAUGGUCGAGUGCAUUCAAUGCAUUUUCACUCAUGGAAUAAAUUAAUCACGGCGGCUGGCAGUAAAUAAUGCAUUUCUGCAAUGGCAUUGGUUACUAGAAAGGUUUUGUUCUGUAUGAUGCUGCAUCUCUGACUCUGAAGUGUCAGGACGAUCAGGCAGAGCACCAAAGAAGUCACUGAGUGCAUCUUAUAAUAUGGCCGAAUGUUACUAACUUUCUAACGCAAAGGAGAAAACAUGCACUUCACUGCCAGUUCUCCUUCCAUUCAGUUUAUGAAUAUGAUAUUUAACCCAUAUUUUACUCUAAAGCUCCUAAUUAUGAACGACUCGUAUCGGCCAGUUGUAGCUCGGUCAUGUUCACACCGAUUCUAAAUAUAUGAACACCGUGCUUUCUUCCGUCUCGAGCAGCUGAGAUGAAUUCGGCUCUCCUCAUUUCUCUGAGGUGCAGGCUUUUCUCUCUCAAAGCGGCCAGUGCUGUCUACAUUCAUGAUUCAAUCCCACAGCUGCUUCAUCUGAAUCCGCUCGUUCACAUCGCGUUUCUGUGUCCUGCUCCGAUUUCAUCAUUCCUCCCAUGGUCCUCCGUCAGCCUCCCAUCAUUCUCUUCUCUACAUUGUUUCAGAUGCAGUCGACUCGAUUACAGUGUUAUCUUUAUUUUGUAUUUUCCUGUGUUUUGUAAUAUGAUAUUAUGGAGGAUGUUAACAAUAAAAUACUGAAUGUGAGUCACA